CUUUCAUUCGCUUGGUGCUGAAUUGCAGCUUAACAGUUGCAUAUUAAUUAUCAGUGGCUGCAUCCUCAUGUAUUAUAUUAACUUGUUAAGCAAGGGGCUAGUUUUGAUUUCUUUAGUCCUUUGAUGUCGACUUUUUUAGAAAGGCUGUUCGCGCAAUUGGUCGUUGUGCAAUCAAAUUAGAGACGAUUCAGAUAUUGAGGGCCCACAACAGAUGAUUCAGGUAGCUAAGGAUGUUGUGUUAGCUGAGAAACCUGUGAUAACUGAUGACUCAAACCAACUUGAUUCGUCUCUGCUUGAUGAGCUCCUUGUCAACAUUACUACAUUAUCUUCAGUUUAUCACAAGCCUCCAGAUGCAUUUGUGACCCGUGCACACACCUCAGCCCAGAAAGCUGAAGAUGAAGAGUAUCCUGAGGGAAGUGAAACAGCAUAUUCUGAGUCAUCUUCUGCAAAUCCUGCCAAUGGUGCUGUUUCAACCCCGGAAUCCGUUGCACCGCCAUCACCUCCACCUGCCGUGCCUGUGCCGGAUUUACCUGGUGAUUUGAUGAGUCUUGUUCCUGCUGAUGAACCAGCUACUCCUGCCGGGUGAGUUAAACAUGGAUAAUUUUGACACAAAAUUGUGGCUUGCUUAUUUGAUAUUUCCUAUAAGAUGAUUGGCUAUAUUCUGUUCUAAUUAUUUUACUUGUUUAGAACAUUAUUACUUUUGUAUUGAAAUGGUGGCCGACAAUGAUUUACAUGAA